CUAUGGUAUUUUGUAUGUUGACAUUUUGGUACAGUUGGAUUGAAACAGUGGGAAUCACAGAACAGAACAGAAGCUGAUAAUCCUAGAGAUGUACAAAAUGUGUUCAUGUUGUGUGACCAGUGUCCUGGUGGUUGUCGUGGGAGUUGUUGUAUCGUUGUUGCUUAGAGUUGACUGGUAUACUAAAUGCAUCGAAUACAUGCAAUGUCAGAUGACCUGUUUAGAACGGGAUGUUGAUACGCUACGAGCUGAUAUCUGGGACUGGAAGUUUCUAAGGCACCAAAUAUGCAGUCACCUUACAGAUGCCAAGAACUGCGGUCAGCCUUACUCCAUAACUGUAGACAGUGUGGACAAAAAAUGUACUUUGUCGUUACAACUAAAUAAAAUAUAUAAUACUGUCAAAGAUUUUGAAAUUGUUUAUGGUGAAUCUGAAAAGUUUAAAAAUGCUACAAAGGAAUAUCUCUUUAUAGAAAUGGAUAUACGUGUGGAUUACCAGUAUAUCUCAAAAAAGUUUUUAAAGAACAAAUAUUUAAACUUUAACUUUGAACAUAGACAUACUAGAUUCUCAUAUUAUGACUUGCUUGAUUGCAAUAGUGAGUCUCAUCAUUUCUAUACAAAAGUAAACAUUUAUUCAAAGUCUUUAUUACAAGAGAAAUAUUUGUUAAGUUUUUUAACUUUAUGCUUCAUAGAAAUGAACUAUAAUAAUAAAACAAGUGUAGAAGACAUGUACUGGAUUGUUAACGUCACAGACCUAACAGGAGUGGUUAGUGUUGGUACAGAUAUUUUUGUUCAGGAAAAUGUUAUACUGACGAAAGGAAGUAAAAUAUACGCCUGGUUGUCAACACUUGCCUUAGUGUGGUUUUUUUUUGUCAUUUUGUAUCUUGUUCAAAAAAUGCUUAUUGCUUUACAUGGAUUUUCUGAGACAUUUACAAACUGUAGAUUAAAUGGUGAGGAUGGGAGAACACUUGAACUGACAAGGCCAGAUAUGAUAUCUGUUGAUAGUGGGGAUUUGAAUAUAUUUACUUCAUAUUCCUUCUCAGUCUUGUUUCGGUCAGAUAGUUUUAACAAAGCAUUAAUUUUCACUACCUUAUUUGUUGUUUGGUUUUUCUCAAUAUUAGCAUAUUUUGAUGUAAAACCAGAGUUCAAUUUUGUCAGCAAAAGUAUUUUGUUAUGUGUAUUGGUCAUUUGCAGUGUGUCAUUUUUAAUUCUCUUUCCAUUUGCUGUAAUUUUUAUUAUCAAUUUUGCACUGAUUAUAAUUGCUCCUGAAUUGAUGAUACAUGGCUUUGUACACCAUUGGUUGAUGACAAUCUCAGCAUAUCUUCUUAAGAUAUGUAGAGACUGUUACACAACAUAUGAUAAAUUUCUGAAAGAUGUCAUAUCACAUGUCAGGGAUAAGUACAAUUGUGUAGAAAACAAGAAAGGAUUUAAAGCAGAUAGUGACUGCAUUGCUCUUUUUUACAACCAUUUAGACAAGGAUGAUGUAAGUGAUUGUAAACAUCUGAGAUUAAGUCAAGGGAAGUUGGAGAAUGUUUUCAAGUUUUCAAGAAUAUUGUUACUUGAAUUAAGAUGCUACCAUAACUCAGCUAAUGGAUGUCUGCCUCAUAUUAAAGGAAUGCAAGUGAGUUUAGGGAACACUUAA